AUGGCGGAUGCGCUAACCCAGACCUUCUCAAUCGCGGACAGCAGCCAGAAGGCCAAGGCGGUUGCCUCGGCCGUCGGCGCGGCUAUUCGCUCAAUGAGCGGCGACGGGAAGAUCGCGAUGAUCACCGAGGCCAUAACUUCCUUUAAUGACCUGGCCGAUGGGGGGCACUGCGGCCUGGCGGGCAUGACGUCGUUCGGUGCGCAACAGGGCUGA